AUGGCAUCCGAACGUAUCCAAUCCGCCACCAAUGAAUCCAUUCCACCGCCGUCACCGCAGCCGCCGUCUGUUGAACGGUUCAAAUACUCCACUAGGAUUUUGCUCCGAUCGAUUUUGGGUCGGGACGAUGGAGGCAAAGGGUUGGCCGGGCAGAGAGUUCAGGUUGGGGGAUGGGUGAAAUCUGGCGUGGAUAAACAGAAGCCGAGUGUUCCAUCGUCGACGUCGCCUGUGGCUGCGGCCCCUUCAGUCGUGAAGGACGUGGCUUGCUCCGAAGUUCUGGUUUCCUGGCUCCCCAUUCUCCGAUCGAUUGCGAGGAUUCUCACUGGCGGAGGAUACAGCGCGCAUUUUCUCAGGAAGCUGGACUGUCCAGGGAAGCCUGUGCCAACCGUUGGCUACUUGAGGAUCAGUGAUGGGUCUUGCCCUGCUAGUCUCGAGGUUCGGCUUAUUUGCUUUAGAACAAAUUUCGCUAUUAUCUGCUGGAAAUCGAACUUGCUGUCAAGGUAUGCGCGGAACGAGUUCAACAUAAACUCGAAGGCGACAAUCGGGGUGGAGUUUCAGACGCAGAGCUUGGAGAUUGACGGCAGGGAGGUGAAGGCCCAGAUCUGGGAUACCGCUGGGCAGGAGCGCUUCAGGGCGGUCACUUCGGCCUACUACCGCGGCGCCGUUGGUGCUCUCAUUGUCUACGACAUUUCCCGCAGAACUACCUUCGAGAGCGUCCAGCGAUGGCUCCACGAGCUUAACACACAUUCGGACACCACCAUUGCAAAAAUGUUGGUUGGAAACAAAUGUGAUUUGGAAAACAUUCGGGCUGUUUCAGUCGAGGAAGGCAAGAGCCUUGCAGAAGCCGAAGGGCUCUUUUUUAUCGAAACUUCAGCCCUAGAUUCAACGAAUGUGAAGACAGCCUUCGAAAUAGUCAUCAAGGAGAUAUAUAACAACAUCAGUAGGAAGGCAUUGAACUCUGAUUCCUACAAAGGGGAGCUGUCUGCCAAUAGGGUAACCCUUGACAGCCAUGGAAGUGAUGAUGCAUCAAAGCAAGUUUCGAGUAAGUUUUCUUGCUGUUAAGAUUCUUAAAAAGUGUUAUUUUAAAUAGUGUUCCCAAUUAUAAUAAUUUUCUGAAGGAACUUUUUGCGCUUGUUUAUUUCAUAUGCUUAUAUUUGUUUUCGGUUUGCUAUAAGUGUAUUCUAUGCAUUGUUGGAAUAAUAAGGUCAAUAUACUAUCUGAAUUUUUGUAUU